CAGGGGCGGACUGACCAUUUGGAAACUCGGGCACUGCCCGAGGGCCCGGGGUUGGUAGGAGGCCCCAUAAGAUGCCCCUGGUACCUUUUUCAUAGGCUUUUUUGAGUUUGGGCAAGGACACAGGGGCCCCAUGAUCCCCUAUUGCCCAGGGGCCCCAUGAGUUGUCAGUCCGCCCCUGAACCAAACCAUCAAAUCAUCCAUAGGCCGGAUCGAGGGGGGAAUAUUAAGCCCUCGAAACGCGCUGGAUUUGUUGCGGAAUAUAAUCCUUUAUGGAAGGUACAAACUAGUGUGGUGCUCCUAUCUUUUCAAUUCUUCAGC